GACAGAACAGUUUGUGACAGGACUCUACAUUCCCCCAGAAAAACACAGAAAACUGCUUCACAUCCUGAAAAAGUUUAAAGUUCAGUUUUGGGGUUUUUUUAUUUGGCUGAAGACUCUUCUGACUCCUUCACUGGAAUUUUCUUCUUCUUUGGUGUGUUUGGGACUGAACCAUGGAGUUGUCGGAUAUCUCUUUCCCCAUCCCUGCAGCUGAUGAUUUCUAUGAUGACCCCUGCUUCAACACCAGCGACAUGCACUUCUUCGAGGACCUGGACCCGCGGCUGGUCCAUGUGGGCCUGCUGAAGCCGGACGACUCCUCCUCCUCAUCCUCGUCCUCCCCUUCCUCCUCCUCUUCCUCCUCCCCGUCUUCCCUCCUGCAUCCUCACCACCACGCCGAGGUGGAGGACGAUGAGCACGUCCGCGCCCCCAGCGGGCACCACCAGGCGGGCCGCUGCCUGCUCUGGGCCUGCAAGGCCUGCAAGAGGAAGACCACCAACGCGGACCGGCGGAAGGCGGCCACGAUGCGCGAGCGCCGGCGGCUCAGCAAGGUCAACGACGCCUUCGAGACGCUGAAGCGCUGCACGACGGCCAACCCCAACCAGAGGCUGCCCAAAGUGGAGAUCCUGCGCAACGCCAUCAGCUACAUCGAGUCCCUGCAGGCGCUGCUGCGCGGCGGGCAGGACGACGGCUUCUACCCGGUGCUGGAGCAUUACAGCGGGGACUCGGACGCCUCCAGCCCGCGCUCCAACUGCUCCGACGGCAUGACAGAUUUUAACGACCCGACCUGUCAGUCAACCAGAAGAGGAAGUUAUGACAGAAGCUCUUAUUUCUCCGAGACUGCAAACGGAGGUCUGAAGAGCGACCGGAGCUCGGUGGUCUCCAGUCUGGACUGUCUGUCCAGCAUCGUGGAGCGGAUCUCCACCGACAACAGCAGCCUGCUGCCGGCCGCCGACGGCCCCGGGUCCCCGCCGACAGACCCGGCCGGUGAGGCGGCGGCCCCCGGGCCCGUCCAGGUCCCCUCCCCAACCGCCAGCCAGGACCCCAACCUGAUCUACCAAGUCCUAUAGACCCUCACACACACACCGACAUCCACCUGGGACAUGAACAUCACACCGUCCGGUCAUGAACGCACAGAUCAACACUCAGAGUGAAAGUUAUUUAGGCUGAGUCUUUACAACCUGUUUGCAUCAGCUGUAAAGUUUUGUAAUUUAGAGUUUUCUCAACUUCCCUCCACAUCUGCUCAGUUUCCUUAAACUGAUCUGUAUGGAAGCUCAUUCAUGCCAGAAAACUUUGCAAUAACAAAAAUCUAAUUAAGACCGAUUCACUAACCCCAGAUCUUUCUUGAGCUUUCAGCUGCAUCUCCCAGUCUUCAUCAACAAAUGGAGUUUGAUAUUUUAUAUAUAUAAUAUAAUAUAUAUAUAUAUAUAUAUAUAUAUAUAUAUAUCAAAUUUUAUAGAUUUUAUAGUUACCGAACAAACUCAUGCGCUCAUGAAGACUGUGAGAUAUAAUUGAAAGCUCUGGCAAAAGGCUAAUACGUUAUUAUUGAGUUAAAAUGUUUUAAAGAGAUUUUAAUUAAAUGGCUAUAAAAUAAGGAAUGAUAAAAGUAAGAAUCAGCUCAUCGGUGUCAAAUAAUAUUACGUUGUAAGUAAUUAUGAGAGAAAGUCUUAAUCAUUUAUAUUAGUGAUAUAGUAAGGUUAAGGAAAAUUAAUAAAAGAGAGACACAGAAAUACAGAAAUAUAAAGCAAUUUAGGUCAAACUCAAAAAGUGGGUGAGUCAAAUUCAUAAUUUGGACCUUAUAUGUCUAAUGAUUUUAUCAUUCCAAAAUUUCCAUACAUUAAAUUAUUUUCCUGGCAGGAUUGACCUUCCAUACAUGAGCAUUGUUAACCCUCAGAUUAUCUUUCCUGCUGUUAAAAUAAGUGGAGUAAAUUGUAAGAAAUAGAUGAAAACCACUAGAAUGCUGGGAAACGUAGAUUUUUUGCAAACAUUUUUAUAACUUUACUGAUCAAUAGUUCAGUUCUUGCUGUAUUUUUAUUAUUUUAAGUUAUAAAAAAAAAAUAUUUUAAGACUCAGCCGAGUCGCUCAGAUGGAUUUUCUUCCUCUCUGUAUAGUCUAUUUGGUGAAGGACGGAGGCCAAAAACCAUCCAUUUACAUUCCUCCACUUUCGUCCAUCUGAAGUCCUGAAAGCCCCAGCUGUUAAAAUUCAUCAGGGCAAAAAAUAACUACAGUAAUCCUAUGAAAUAUUUUAGAAAACAUACCAUGCAAAACUACAGAUCUGUAGUAAAACUUUAUUACAAAACACAACCACAGACACAUAAAAUUCCUCAGACUAGAUUCAUGGGAGUAUUGUAGUCAUUUUUUUCCCCAUCAGGGUUUAAAUAGGGUCAGACCUCCUUCUUGUCAAAUUUGAAAAAUUUAUUUCAUUUGUCGUUUUCAUUCACUGCAGCAGAGGACCAUUUUUCUGUUUGUACAUAUUAUGUAAAUAAGAGCUGAUUUGUUCCAACUGAAAGUAUUAAUUAUGUAUUUAAUGUUUCUGUCUGUAUGUGCUUUUGUUUGUUGUGAAAAAAAAUGUUAAACUUUAUAUUUAUACAUCUGAAAACUGAGUGACUGUCUAAUGACAAAUAAAUGAACCUGCUUAUUUAU